AUGGACUCCUCUGACCUACAUCUUGCAAUUGAUUAUGUUGGAUCAUGUGGUAUCGUUUUGACACCUGAACAAAAGGCGACGCUUAAUACAACACUGACUAUUUUGAAGCACGAAAACAAGUUCUCGUAUGUGUCGUUUUGGGGUAUAAUUCGAGGAAUCAAUGGAGACUAUUUCAUUGCUCAAGGAAUAGGCAAAGAUGUAUUAAAAGAAAAAACAAAUCUGUACAGUAAAGAUUGCACAACAUGGGGGUUGUUACCAGUACCAGGGAAACAAGAUAUAGAAAAAAGUAAACUUUUCAAAAUGAGACUAACGGGUGAUCCUUCACAUGAAGCUGAAUACGUUGAGGUGAAACAAAUGCCAGGAGAAGGUGAUGAGCUUGUCGAGACUGAAGAACUUAUAACCAUGAAAGAAGAAGAUAGACUUGCUGCUAUUAUUUACCGCAUGGAAGAGGAGGUUGUUAUUGUUCCACGUGGUGCAUUUAUACGAAUGUACAACGGACAAGUUGUGAGAAAUAAAUCUUUUGAAGGUUUAACUUGUGCUGAGGCUUCAAAGCUAUUAUCAUACUUCCAUUGUCGGCCUCCUGUAAAUAUGUCUAACAAACCAUUAGCCGAAAGAGCAAAGCUGGAUAAAGCCAUCGAUUUUUUAGAUACUAUUGAGGAUGAUAAUCCUGAAGGUUGUUGGGUGAUUCAAUUUGAACGUGGAGGCAACCUUGUUCUGGUCAAAAGUCUUUUAUGGAUUGGAUAUGUUUUAUAUCACUUACCAGGUACAAACAAAUAUGGAUCAAUUUAUGUUGGAACUGGUGAAUAUAAUAUUGAUCUCCCAUUUAUGAUAUAAUGCAAAAAGUAAGCGAACUAUACAAAGAAGUAUAAAAUUUGAUGUAUUUUACAGAAACAUUGAAAUAUUUGUAUACAAAUACUUAAAAAAGUUGAUUGGAAUGAAAAACUAGUUUGUGUAUUUGUUUAUUUGAUUACUCUUAAUGUAUUUGAAGAAACAACAGGCCGGAAAUAUCUAACACAUUAAAAUAUCACAGGAAUAUAUUAGAAAUACAUUUAAUGACCAGUGAUUACUCUUUUGUUCUGGGUGUGCAUGAGAGUUUGUCGAUAAAUGCUUGUCUAUUUCUGCGAAUUUCUUCAGCUGAUAUUCGAUUCCCAUUAUUUAUGUCAGUUUGAGCUGUAUUUUGGCCGAUAAAAUUCGAUUCAUUAGCUAAGAAGAAAAUUUUUUUAAAACAAUUAGUUUGAUAAAUUUCAGUAAUGCAAUGAGACGAAGAUUAUCAGAACUGUGAUAUUUUAGCGUAACACGUUUAAGACAGUUUGAUCACAUAUAUACCUGUUAAGAUAUUCAUACAUGAAAAUAUUGAAAACCAAUUAGGCAAAUUGGAUAGUAAGAGAAAACAAGGAUGAAGAAAAGUGUAAAGCUCUACACUGGAUAAUAAGUCGAUAGUAUCGAAUUAGGCUUCGAGUGGGAAUAAACUAUUUUUGAAUACACAAUAACGGUUCGAAAUUUGGCGCAGUCAAGGCUUAAAUAAGCGUUAUUAUAACCCUUUAUUAUUCCUGCACAGCACUACAAAAGCUUAUUUGAUGUCAGCCCUAUGACGCAUCUCACCCAAAUGCUAUAGGAUGGAAGAUGCUUGUCAGUCAGCUAUAACGUAGGACCAGGCACAUAUAUG